UUGGGCGUGAAGUCGCGUGGAACCCAGUUUUUUUAUAACAAGACGGAACCGAGAAUGAUGUUUGGCAGUCAUGCACGAGUGAAGCUUCUCCUAGCGGUCUGCAGUGUUUUCACCAUCUAUAGCAGUACUUUCUCUGAACGACGCAUUAGACAAGAAUGGUUUCGUUUCCUUCCCGCCCCUCCAGGCCGACGGCCAGCAUGUGCAGAAUCUGGAAGAACGUACUGUGAACAUGCCAUCAACUAUCCAACAGAUGUCGUCACAUCAGUAUUAAGAGGAAUUUCAGGAAAAAGAUUUAACGUGUCUUCCAUUUUUGUGGACGAACGAGAAGGACUACAGGAGCCACCAGAAGAUCUUCUAGGUGGACCCCCGAGUAAACCCAGGUCAAAGAGGUCUUUCUCUACAGGCACACAUGGAUCACUAGCUUCCUCGUGUUGCCAAAAGAACACGCUUGCUCCAAAAGUGGCACUGAACAAAAGACAUCAAUGGCGCUUUGUUGCAUCCCACGUUAUAACACAACGAGGUAUUGUUGAACAGAAAGUGUCUAUUAUGCCAUGCCAGAAAGGAUGCCACGAAUGUGAAAAGAAACUUGUAGAUCGACUGUUAAUCAGCCUGGAUCCAUUGGGGCGGCUUGUGCCGGACUUAUUCAUGGUUCCCUUCUGCUGCCAAUGUCUUUCGUAAGAUGUGUCAGCAGCAAACUUACGAUGUUGCGAAACACCACGUAAAAUUACCGUUGUUCUUUAUAUAGUUUACCACUUCUGUUUUUUUUCUGUUUUUGUUAGCAAGUUAAAUCAUCACAGGUAGUAGCUACCGUCAAUACCUCUUCAAUACCGAUCUGUCAGAAACGGUACCAAUGUACAAACUGAAUCUCUCGAAAUCACACAAAAUGUAAUGUUCUGUACAAACUUUUUGUCAGUUUUGUUUGGUUAUUAUAAAAUACUCUGUUAUACAACCUGAAGAUUCCUGAGAAACUGGAAAUGUCUGGUCAUGGAAAUUAUGAAGGUAUUAAUACUACACUGGAUAUUUCAGUAAGGUUUGUUAAUAGUACCUCUUCUGGUACCGUAUAUUUCAAGUUUUUUACAGUAUUAGCUUUUUAAAGAGUGUCUUCAUAACUGCUUUCCAACCAUUUGCUGAGCUGUUGAAAGUUCUAAACAUCAAGCCUUUUAUGUUUUAAAACCAUCAAUACAAUAUUGUUAUGUAGAAUCCCUAUAAGUAUUGUAGCGAAAAUUAACUUAGAACCAUUGCUUGUUCUAAUAACGAUUUGAAGACAGACAGUUUGUUUUCGUAUUUGUAAUGUGCCAUUCAAAUUUAUAUUCACUGGAGAAAUAUGUACAAAAAGACUGUAUCACUUCUGAAACAUAAUGAGUUACGGUAAAAACUUUGAAAAUAUAGUUAAUAAAAACUAGUUUAAUUUAUAUAUCGCACUCCUUCAAUUUAUAUUUCACUCAUUUUAUUCGGUGGAUUUUUACAUUUUAACCUUGAAUGACUGAGUAUCCCAUACUAAAUGAGUAAUUGAAAUUCCGAAUUAUAAUAUGUAUGACUUGUGUUAUAUUUUACUGUACUCACAGGGCUUUCCAAUUAAACAAAAGAACAGUCUCUAAGUUGUCAGUCAACUAGGAUAUUUUUAAUAACUAUUUUCGUGAAAAAC